AUGCAAUAUGAUGAGUAUACAUGCGAAGGGUGUGGAAUGAACGGAGUGGACCAGGGCAUCAGAAAGGCGUUCAACGUAAACUACUGCAGGCUCUGCAAGAGCAAGCUGUCUCUAAUCACCCAGACAACUGCGGUGAAGGACUACUUGCUCAGCAGAGACGACUUGAGGGGCCUGGCGAAGAUGGAAAUGGUCAACCCCAGAGACGCAGGAUGGAAGCCCAUGAUGCUGUACAGAAAGGCCGACGUGGAGAGAGUGUCGCAGCAGAAGUACGCAGACGUGGAGCAGGAAAAGGAAGCACGGAAAGAGAAGCAGAAGGAGAGAAGAAGCAAAGCAAUAAAAAAAAAGCUGCUGCUUCUUCGAAGGACGCUUAAGCCCAAAAUGAAGCAAGAGGCCGUGCACGUGCAUUCAUUUGACGCUGAGGGAAAGUGUGCCUGUGGAUUGGCGGUUGAGGUUGAGGAGAUAUAA